CACCAACACAGCCUUUUUGACACUCACACGUUUUUAUAUAUAUACUUUUCCCGUUUUUUAAUAAAAAGAAACAGUGCCUAUGCAAGAAAACGAUCAUCGCAAUGCUCGGAGGUCCAGCGAGGCCGAAGUGCAGCUGAAUCGUCCUGAGCAUACUACUCGAGUACCACUCCCGCUACCUUACUUGCCAAGCGAUUAUGAACCUUCACCUACCAGUCCUCGCCAUAGAUUCCUCACUCACCCAUUGACUGGAGCUGCAACAACACCACCCAUACCACUAGCAGUAGACGCGCCAUCGUCAGUAGCCAUGGGACGACAACGCUCUCGCUCUACAAGUUAUCAACAACAACAACCUGACCCAGCCUUGGUAACGGCAUUGUCAUCUUCUAUUUUAUCAGCCCCAUCACCAGAGUACAAUCCGUCCGACAUUAUGGCCAUUGCUCCAUUAUCACCUUCUCGUUCCUCGUUUGAGAUUGUUCCAUAUCGCGAAUGGACAGUAAUCUCUAAGAACGAUGUAAGCGGUCAAAUGGUGCUCUAUAAUCGAGAAAGCCGGAUGGUGACUGUCCGUCAACAAGUACCAAGUGAAACGCAAGAUACAUCAUCCUCUUCUUCUAUGCUGCUGACUCCUUCUUCGGGCGAAUGUCCACUUUGUCAUCGACCGUUCCCGCGACAAAACACCAAUUCUGAAGAGGGAUCCUAUCAGAAUAAUGAGCCGGAUUUUAUGGAUCGAAAUUACUUUCGAUUACUUGCAUCAACUACUCCUGUGCAAUCACCUCGUACAACCCAUGGUCAAACAAGCACGACGCCACCACUUGUGAGUAAUAUCCGUCUAAAUGCUAAUGCAUUCAACGAGGGAUAUUAUGAAAAAUUCUUUGUUGAGAGGAAAAAGCUCGGUCGUGGAUUCCGAGGCAGUGUAUACCUGUGUGAGCAUGAGCUUGAUGGAGUCAAGUUGGGGAAAUACGCCGUCAAAAAGGUUGCUGUUGGCAACAAUCACCCUUGGCUGGUUAAGAUGUUGAGGGAGGUGCAUCUGCUGGAACGCCUUCGCCAUCCAAACAUCAUAAGCUACAAGCACGCGUGGCUCGAAUACAAUCGAUUGACACCAUUUGGACCUGAAAUACCGUGCUUAUUUAUCCUCAUGGAAUGCGCCAACGGUGGCAAUUUGGAAGAGUAUAUGGAACCAGAAAUAUUGCCCUCAACCACAGAAAAGCCGUCGUCGUCGUCAAAGCCAGAAGCACCUAAAUCAGCAAAGCAGAGAAAACGAGAACGUAUCAAACGCCAGCUGCAGGAACACCAGCAGACGACACAAGAAAGUGCACCAUCCACGCAUACCCAGAAAAGGCUGCUGAGCAUGCCAGAAAUCUGGUCGCUGUUUCUGGAUAUCGUUGAAGGGUUAGCGCAUUUGCAUCAACAAAAUAUUGUCCAUCGUGAUCUGAAGCCUCCAAACUUGCUGCUAAAGUGGGAUGAGCGGAAGCGCGCUCACGAUCAACCGAACGAAUGGCGCGGUGCUUUUGAUUUUCGUGGCAUUCCACGCGUGCUCAUCUCUGAUUUCGGUGAGUGUGAGGAUCUGGAAGGCGUUCCAGAUAAUGAUCGAACAGGCGCAACAGGCACACUUGAGUUUAUGGCUCCAGAACAUGUUCGCAUGGAUCCACGUGGACGCCAUAUGAAAGAGUUCUCCCCCAAAGCAGAUAUGUGGUCACUAGGGAUGGUCUUGUACUAUCUAUGCUACACCCGACUGCCCUAUACCAAUGUGGAUGACAUUGAUCUGUUGCAGGAAGAGAUUCUGUCGAUCCGAGAAGUGGAAUUUCCCAAAAACAGGUUCGAUAUCUACAAGAAUCAACAGAACCUAUCCGAUCCUACACUUUCUGAAGCGAUGCGACAUCAAGACGUACCCGAGCACAUCCCUCCCGAACUUAAACUUUUGAUUCGCAUGCUAUUAUCGACAGAUCCAGACAAACGACCUUCAUGUGAAGAGAUACUCUCCAAACUUCGACAAAUGCCGCAGCCAUUGUAUGUGGAUGAAUCAACCAUGUUUGGAUCAAGUGCUACAACAACUACUGGUGCCGCUACUACGGAUACAACAACAACAACAACAACAACAACACAAGGAUGUAAUGGUAAGGGCACCUCGCCAACAUCUUCCAAAAUGAAAAGAGCCAGACGCUCUUCUUGGCGAACGCAAGACGGAUUCUUCUCGCCCAAUAUGAUCAAGAACGAGCCUUCGGUGCUGGAUAUUGGAAGCAAAAUUCAAGCCAUUCCAGCUGACGAAGAGAUCAAGAUGAAUGAUGAUGGAUCACAGUAUCAUCACCAACAAGGGUCGGGUGAAGGAACGGAUGGACUGAUGGAUUCUUUGAUGGAAGAAAUUGAACAAGAUAAUGCUGGACCAAGCCGCAACGUCAAGCGAGAGAGCAGUCAAGGGUCUGCUACCAGUAAAAGGAGAAAGAAGGAUACGGAUUGUGAGGAUGAUAGCGACAAUGAGUUUCUUAUUGGCAGUGGCAGUUUGACAGGUCCUUCUGCGCCUGCUACAGAAGCAGAGGGGCUCAGAAGCGAUAUGGGUGUACGUACAGUCAAGAGCAUCACUGCUUUCCUAAAGAUUGCUACUUGCACUUAUCCAUGCUAUCCAUACGCUCCUUCGCCCGCCAUUCUUUACCCCGUCAUCAUUCUUGCCAUGAUGGAUUUUUAUAGUGAGAGCGUUUCUCAUAGCCUGCUUUUAGUGGCUAUGCAUGUUGCCUGGGUAGUUAUUAUGGCAGUGCUUUCCAAUGGAAUUUGUGUGGCGUGAGGGGAGGGCUCAUCAAUAAUACCCCAUCUCUCUCUCUCUCGUAAUCUCCGUCCAAAAAAAAAAAAAAAAUUUUUUUUUGUGUCUCUAUAAAAGAAGUUAUUUCUCGCGUUUUGUGUUUUUUCUUUAAACCGUU